AUGCCGUUGCAAAAGUUAUCUGAUGCCACCAAGGGGCCCAAAGAGGCCGGCUCCACAAAAGUCUACCGCUGGAUCGAAUUUGCUAACAAAGGUGAGCAGAUCACCGAGUUCGACGAGAGCCAUUUCCAGCUGGAGGGGCAUUUCGAGUCCAACAGUUCGGAGGGGCACAAGAUUUUUCAAGAUCGGCUGAGGGCCAUUCACUUCCGUAAGGAGGGCAAGAGUAAAGCUGAGAUCGCCAAAGUCUUAGGUCGCUCUGAGCAGUUUGUGGCCAAAUGGUGGCAGAAGGAUGAAAGGGAAAUCCCACGACCAUGGGGAGUACACGAAUAUAUGUCCAAGGAGUUGGGAAGCAAAACUGCCACCAGUCUCAACAUUGGAGCUUCCUUGGCUUCUGAUGCUUCAACUAGUACGGCCUCUUGGUGGAGAGACGUGGAGGUCAGGCGGAAGUAUGCGGCAGAUCCGGCCAUCUAUGAUGAACUGUUGAACAACACCGAAUGGAAAUCCUCCGCAGCCAGAACCCGAGACUUUUCCACUGGGGCAUCGCAUGUGAAAUACGACAAGGAAGGGAAGAUGAAGCUUCAGGGAAACCAAGGUGCCCGGUACACCCAGGGCUCCUCCCCAGCUUUCGAUAAGCUGCUGCAGCAGUUCUUCUCCGAAUACGGCCUGGCGGACCGGACGGCCGGCAUCGCCCUGAACUGGUAUCCCGAUGGCGACUCGGUGCUCGGGAGUCAUCGCCACGAUUGCUGGACGGCCCUCUUCAGCUUUGGCCAUGAGCGGAUUCUGACCAUCGACAAGACGCCCUUGUUGCUUCAGGACUGCGACCUAGUGAUCUUUGGAACCCAACGCCACGGAGUGCCCAAGAUGCCAGAGGUCGCCGGGGGGCGCAUCACGGUGCCCAUCUUCUUCUACCCCACCAGCAUGCAGAUGAAGAAGCAGUGGCAGACCCUGACCGAUCCGGAAGACCCACGAAAGUCCACGGAACUCUCGAAGUUGCAGUCCUCACAUCAGCUGGGGGCCGAUACUCUGCAACUUUUGUGGAGUGAUCCUGCACGCAACGCAGCCUUGCAGCAAUUGCUUCAGCUGGGCUUUGAAGAAAGUGCCUCCAAGAAUGCCUUGCAAUCAGCGGCUUUCGAUGCGGAACAUGCAGCAGAGUUGCUGCUAAUGGCUGGAGCUGCUGAUGACUUGGGACUCCAGGAGCGGAUGGGAUCCAGCUCCAGCUGCCAGCCCAAUCGAUGGGGGAAGAAGUUGGCCAAGGCUGCCAAGGCACAAGCUGCAUUCAUUCCCACUGAUGAGGAAUUGGCCUUGAGACUGCAGUUUGAAGAUGAUCCACCAGCGCUAGGGGCUUGUUGCGAACUACAUGGGGCGGAUGCCGAUGCCGUCUUGGCCGCUCAGCUGGAAGAAGAGUCCAUGAACGAGGACAACACCUUCCUGUUGGCGCAGCAGUUUGAAGAAUACGAACAGCAAAUGAAUCGAGCAGAUGCAGAGAGAUGGCAUGGGAAAGGUGACUUAAUGGAGUCGAACUUUGCCCGUGAAAAUCUCUCGUUGCCAACCAUGGACAAAGUGACCGUCCUGUCCAUCGGCCACGGACAGAUGACUGAGAAAUCCUUCUACGAGCUCUUGCAGUUGAAUUCAGUUCGAGUCCUCUACAAUUUCAGGGCCAGCGAUCACCGUGGCGACGUCCACGCUCCGUGUGAGCACUUCUCGGUACGAGCCUUGAAGUCUAGCUGCCGCAUGCGCGGCAUCGCUUACAAACACGUUGCGCUGGGGAGGGAGUCGGCCUAUGGCAUCUUGAAGCACGUGAAGACGGACGAGGCGCAACACGCCCUGGUGGAAUUGGCCUGGCACGGCAAGCGCAGCAGGAGCUGCUUCCUGGGAUUCGAGCCUGACUGGCGACUGGAUCAUCGACAGGUUGUUGCAGAUGAGCUGGUCAGUGCUGGCCAUGAAGUGAAGCACAUUGAUAGCACGGGGCGAACCGAAGACCAUGACCCCUUGGGCCCCAAGCGCAAGUUGCCCGACUUCAUCGUCCAAGAAGAAGAGCGCCUGCGAAAACUGGAGAAGCAGAGACACGCCGGUGAGUUGCAGAGACAGGAGAAGUCUGCAGUGGAUCGAUCUUCAGAGGCAGUGGCAUCCAAGUUGAUGCAGCCCAGUAAAGAGAUCGAUGCCAUGGAUGAGCUGAGAGCCGCCUCAAACCAGGUGGAAUUGGAGCGUGUUCAACGGAACUUGGCGCGCUUGCAGCGGCUGGGCGACAAGCACGGGGCCCUUGCCCACAAGGUGGUAAAAGCAGCACCACAAUGGGUUUUGGAUGAAGCCCGGCAGCAGGCGGAGCGUAUUGCCAAGAAGAAGGCGGAGAAGGCGGAAAAGUCGAGUGAAAAGGCAGUGGCACCAGACACGCCCGAAGAAAGCGCGGCCGAUGCGGCUGGUGAAAGUUUGGUGGUGGAAUGUGCCACCUGCAGUGUUCACUAUCCAUGGAACGAACUGGCUGAAGGAGAUGGUGUUUGCAAAGAGUGCCUGCUGCAGAAAGACCUUCUAGCAGGAGUUUCGCAGCAUCUUGUUGACGAAAAGACGCUGGAGCAAUGGCAGUCCCAAUGGGCUGACUGCGACGCCCAUCUCUCUGCAUCUUCAUCCGACCACGCAGGCACUGCUUCCACCAGUGUGGGCGAUGAAGCUGGCAGCCCGGGCUCGGAAUGUUUUCGACCGAGCCCACCAAAGGCACAGCCUUGGCGGCGGCGUGCGGGGGUAUCCAGCAGAUGGAUUCUGCUGGUGAUCAGCUCCAAUCGUAAGGAGCCAAACACGCCGAGCCCAGCUCGACGUGUACAGAUUUGCAGCUCGGCGUGUCGCUUCGCUGUAAAACAACGUGCAUCUCCCAAAGGAGAAGUGGUAGGGUUCAUCAAUCUGGAUUUGAAAUUGUUGCGAGAGACUUCUUCAUCACGCUCGGCCUCCAAGGAAAGUGCCUUCAAAACCACCUUCGAGUACACGUGCAACAAUGCACUGGAACAGAACCUCGAGAAAUUCCAGCUGCCAAAUGCGGACCUGGAGGCAAAGGCCGCAGCAGAUUCUAUGCAGGGAGCCUACAUUUUUCGCAGCAAGAUGGUGGUUGACUUGAACCAUCUUCCAGAAGACCGACAGGACAUUGUAGCCCUGCGCAGAGAGCACGAGCAAAAGGCCAUCAUUCUAUCCGCCAAAUCUGCAGCUCAUGCGGUGGCCUACGCUGCGCGGAAGGCCAAUGUGGCCCGGGUCCGGGGUCCUCAGUGCGCUGCCGGGAAAAGAUACCGAAAUUGCGCCACGAUCGCUGGGAAGAAGUGGCGGCCCCAAAGGGGGGCCAUGGCGUUUUUUGUUCCUCCGGUGUUUCAAUCAGCUACAAGUUCACCUGAUAUUGCCACGUUGGAUUUCCUGUGCAAAACCGUGGUGUGGGAGCUUUCUGUGGAUGAGGCCCCGUUGCUGAUGCAGUGGCGGGAGGAGGCAGUGCAAGGAAAGCUGUUGGUGGAUUUCUCGGAGGCUGCUGCACCGGAUGCUCCUGCGGUGCUGCAGCAACGAGAACGAGAUCGGCAAAUUGAGGCUGCACUUGAGAUAGCCGCGCGAGCAGCACUGGGUGAUGAGCAAGAUGUGAAUCAGCACCAUCAAGAAACCUGCCAGAUUCUGCCAUCUUCAAAUCGCGCCGCUAUGCCACCCAAAGCCGAUCCCACGUCUCCGGGCCCUGUGCCGACUCCACAGGUGCUCCCCGCGCGACGCUUGGAUGAGGCCUUCCACCAGAUCCCAGUGGCUGGAAGCACCUUAGACGCGCAGGUUCAUUUCUCCCUAACCAGUCCUAUUGCGGUGAUUGCGACCCACCCUUGGGGGCCCCUUGGGGGCAGCAUGGCCGACCCACACCCUCGGACCGUGUGUCAUGUGUUUGGUGAAGCAGGGUGCACCACAGUGAGGUUCAACUUCCGCUCCGGCGUGGGAUCGGGUAAGAGCUCUGUGGAAGAUGUCAAGGCUGUGGCAUCGUGGCUCACGAGUCCCAGAACUGCACCUGAGGCUGGUGGCAGGAUCAUCGCUUCCAAGGUGCUGAUUGUGGGAUAUAGCUAUGGUUCACUGAUUGGUGCUGCGGCUGCAGAGGAAAUCCCCGAAGCACUUGGUUAUGCCAUGAUUGGCCCGCCAUUGGACUAUGGAUGGGCUUUGUACAUGUUCAACGCUGCGAAUCUGCGGGCAAAGGCAGCGAACUCCGCCGGAAAGCCAAAGUUGCUUCUGGUGGGCACUAACGAUCAGUUCUGCUCCAUGAAGUCUUUCAAAGGUUUCGCAGACACCUUGCCUGGACCCAAGGAGAUGCAGGUCCUGGAUGGCUUAGACCAUUUCAGCCUCUUCAAGCCCUUAGCGAAGGCCUUGACUGAAUGGGUCAUGAGAGCUUUCCACGUCAGCAUGCCAGAGUUUGCGCGGGGAGCGUGGCUGUCUCCUUCGGAGCCUUCUCCAACAGCACAACUGAGCCCAAGCAAAGCAGAGAGCAAAGAGGGAAAGACGAAGCCCUGAGCCUCAAGAGUAGCAGGACUGCCGCAUGAGGCCAAACGAUGUUCUCAGCAAGCUGGGCUGUGAAUGCCUGUGACAGGGUGAGGCAGAAAGACUGUGAAAACAUUCAGCGCAAAACGGUCGCCUUGACUUGUGUGCAAGAGACUGAGUGUACCUUGCGUUUGAC